AUGUCUUAUGAGCUGCCGCCCAAGGAGAAGCUGCGCGAGAUAGCUGCCCGCCAAGAUGCAAAGGAGAAAGAGAUCAAAGAGGCUCGCGCCAGACGUUUGUCGAACAAGCCGCUGAAUGAGCAAGAGGCCGCUGCUGAAAUCAUCCAAGUCGGUGACGACCAACACUCGAAGUUGUCAAGUUAUGAUGCUGAACCCGACCAGCGAAACUACCGCGGCCAUCGCGAGCGUAGGGAGAUGCGUGGCCUAGGGCUGUCUGCCUCGACGAGAUGGUUUGAUGUAUGUUGUCUGCCUCGACUCUACUCGUCCCUGACUGACAUGGUCUAG